AUGCAGAAAGCCGAAACUGCAAUGAAAGUUCAGCCUUCCGGAUUUCACGAUGUCUCAGAGUCAAUUCAGCUUGCAUGUGAGACUUUCCAACGUAAAGACCUUGAGAGUUCAAAUAGUGCCUUCGAUCAGCUAACUUUGGGUCUGGACGCUCUUUGGAUCCUUGCUGUUGCUGCAGGAUCUGGAACCGGUCCUGUGGAAGAUACUCAUGCAAGUGGAACAGCGAAAGGUUCUGUUGGAUCUUCUACUUCCACAUUGAUAGGUCAGAGGAGUAAGAGGAACAGUAUGAACAGCAUGCUCCCAGAUAUGGAAGUGCAUUCGGCAAGGUCCCCUCUUCUAGAUCGUUGGCUCACUAGACAGGAUGAAAGACUUUUGGCAUGGUGCCAAGACGUCACCCAAUCAUAUGAGGGCAUCAAUAUCACGAAUUACACAAGUUCAUGGCGCGAUGGUCUAGCAUUCCUGGCAAUCAUAAACCAGCAGAGGCUCUGUGAUAUACAUUUAAUAUUUCUCGUCCCAACCAAGCAUCCUACCAGUCUUUGUGUUCAUGAAAAUCUAAGAUCCUCCAAAAAGACAUGCUCGGAAAAUGAUUAA